AGUAAGAAAUUCAAAGGAGGAGAUUGAAGAGCGUAUACAAAUUAAAGCCCUCGUCGCUUCACAGCGGCGAGCAGUCUUAAACUGCUUAUCCCGGAAAAUCACGACGACAACACAACACCCAACUGGCAGCAAUGGUGCUGAUGACAGCUUCAUAAGUAUAAUGGGCUUGGUCACUGUUACAUGGACAAAUUAUCUAAAAAAGCGUAUUCCACUAAGAAUAAGGUUUCUUCAUACCUUGAAAGGUAAUCAAAUAGGCCAAAUUUUAAUGUCUCCACCUCUUGCAUCUCUGGACCUUCCUGACAUCUGGAGUCCUAUUUCUUCAUGUCGGAGUAUUCCAGCAAUACAUAAAAGCUUUAAUGAGCAGACUACUGUAGUGCUUGAUGGAAAGUUGAUAUCCAUGGAAAUCAGAUCAAAAAUAGCUGCUAAGGUAAGACAAAUGAAGAAAGGCCUAGGAAAAGUUCCUGGAUUAGCUGUAAUCUUAGUGGGCCAAAGAAGGGAUUCUCAAACUUACGUUCGCAACAAGAUAAUGGCCUGUGAAGAAGUUGGAAUCAAGUCUUUGGUGACUGAAUUACCCACUGAUUGUGCAGUAACAGAUGUUCAAAAUGCCAUCAUGAGAUUUAACAAAGAUCCAUCCAUUCAUGGUAUUCUUGUGCAACUUCCUCUACCGCAACAUCUAGAUGAGGAAAAAGUUUUGGAUGCUGUAUGUCUAGAAAAAGAUGUGGAUGGUUUCCAUCCCCUUAAUAUGGGGAAUCUUGCCAUAAGAGGAAGGGAGCCACUGUUUACUCCUUGUACUCCAAAGGGCUGUAUUGAGUUAUUGAUCAGAUCAGGAGUCGAGAUUAUGGGAAAAAAAGCCGUAGUGAUUGGAACAAGUAAUAUUGUGGGUUUGCCAGCAUCCUUGUUAUUGCAGAGACACCAUGCAACAGUCACUGUCAUACAUGCCUUCACACAAAACCCUGAACAGAUCACCUCAGAAGCUGAUAUUGUAGUUUCAGCUGCUGGAGUGCCUAAUUUGGUCCGUGGGAACUGGAUAAAACCUGGUGCAGCUGUGAUCGAUGUUGGUACAACUCCGGUUGAGGAUCCUGGCUGCGAGGAUGGUUAUCGCCUCGCAGGUGACGUAUGCUAUGAAGAGGCCGUAAAAGUGGCAUCCAUUAUUACUCCUGUGCCUGGCGGGGUUGGGCCUAUGACCGUUGCUAUGCUACUAUGUAAUACAUUAGAUUCUGCAAAGCGCAUGCUCAAUUUUAGUUGACCCCUACCCCUCUUGAAACUACAAUACUUCGUUCAAGGUCAUUUUUAGCAUGGAUUGAGUUUAAAAACUGGAAUUCUUUUUUAACAGUUUUCGUAAUGCACGUAUUCUUGCUGAUA